UUUAGCACAAGAUUGGGAGAAGGAACUGCAGAGAACAAGAUGUCCCAACUGGAGGGUGUCAAAGCAUAAUGAAUUCUUUAACCUCUGCUCAUCGCUGCCUACAGUUGUGGUGGUGCCCAGAGACCUGCUCGAUGCACAGCUUGAGCAGGCUGCCCAGCACUUCCAGGGGACGCGGCCGCCAGUGUGGUGCUGGGGAGCUUUGGGGGGAGCUGCCUUGGUCCGCAUGGCCCAGAUUUCGCCCAACAUCAGUGACAAGAUCUCCGUAACAAAGUCUAUGGGAACCUUGCAGAGAAGAAAGCUUGAGGAGGAAUCCCAGCAGCAAGAGAACCGCAUGAUGGGCCUCGUCCACCGCUGUCACCCAAAGAAGCUCCAGCCCACGAUCAUUGACCUAGACCAAAAACUCCCAUCCCUCAAAGACCUUCAGAUAUCGUAUAUAAAGUUGCGAGAGCUACACACCCCAGAUGAUCCUACACAAUUUUGGGAGCAGGACCGCCACUAUUUCAGCCGCUGGGAGUCCUCACGGUGGCUCUCCUAUGUAAGCAAGUGCCUAGAAGUGGCCCAGAAUGCUGCCUCUGCAAUUGCACACCACAACAGCUCUGUCAUUCUGCAAGAGAGCGAAGGUCGGGAUAUGAGUGCUGUCAUCUCAAGCCUGGUACAGCUGUUGUUAGAUCCUCAGGUGCGCACUUUGAGGGGUUUCCACAGCCUAAUACAGAAGGAAUGGGUUACUUUGGGGCAUUCCUUUUGCUUGCGCCUCGGACAUACAAGAAAUCAGCCGGAAGAACAGAGUCCAGUGUGGUUGUUAUUCCUUGACUGUGUUCAUCAGUUGAGCCUGCAGCAUCAUGCCGCCCUUGAGUUUACAUCAGAGUACUUGCUGGCGUUGUGGCAUGCCUCCCACUGCUCACUACACUCAAGUUUCAUGUUCAACUCAGUCAAUGCCAAGUACUCAGCCACAGCUGUAUUACAACGUGAAAAUCCUCAGCAACCAGUGUACCUCAGACCUGUUUGGUCUUGGUGGGCGGAGGACCAUGACUGGCUGGGUGGCGAGCAGAACGGAUCCUCAGAAAGCGUAAAGGGGAGGAGAUCGGCAGCACGUGACCUCUUCCUUAACGUGCAUUACAUUCAGAAUUUAAUGGAGUCCCUGGCGGUGAGUGGGGCUCUAGGGCGUCUGAGAGACCCCGUUUCGAGUGCGCAUCACACGUGGCACCGCAUACAGUACUUGUUAGGAGAUAGUGGGCCCUUGCCAUACGACCCAAACGCUCCUGUGGGGCCUUUGCAAAUCGAUGCAAGCUUGAGAGUUGAUGUGGCCCUUAGUAGUCUAAAACCAUGGCAUGAAUGCUUCAGUGGAUGGAUAUCUGAGCCAUCCGUCACCAUAAAUGAAAUAGACUCGCUCUCCAGACAGUCCACCACAACUGUGCAGCACUGGGAGCAUGUGCGGCAAAUCUACUACACCAUCAAGAGCCACCUGUCAGAGACCCUAACUAACGGUGUUGCUGAAUAGACCAUUCUGUUGGAAUUUGAUUUUUUGCCAGUGAAUAUAUUGCUUUAUGAAAAUGUAAUUGAUAUAUUAUCAUAUAUAAUUUAAGAUAACUGAUGUAUAGUUUGUUAGAGCUUAGAGAUUAUCAUUAACAAUUUUUGCUGCAAAGUAUUAAUGGAAAGAUAUUUUACAGAAACUUUGAGAGAUUCCAUUAGAGCAGAAAACCUCUCUAUCUGUCCAUAAUGGCACAACAAGUGCUUCCUCAUUUUUAUAGACAAAGACAGCAAACGGAUAUCAGUUAAUGGGCACAUUAAGGAAUGUAUGUUAGUACGCUUCUGUUUUGGCUUGCAUUGCAUUGCUUGAAUAGCAUUGCCUGCAGUUGUUUAAGGAUAAAUGGAUCAUUUGAAUAUUUGGGGUUUAAUUAUGGUGUUAGGCUGUUUGAUCUCAUUUUUCAAAUGUGUAAAUAUUAAUUUAUGUUUAACAUUAUUAUCGAAAGCAGUAAGUAUAUUACUGUGAUUGUAUGUUAUCGUUAUUGCUUUUAUAGUCACAAAUAUGUAGUCAGUCAUAAGUUCCUCCUCCGAUUUGUGAUUUAAGCGACUCCUCGUUUUGAAGGUUCAGGUGAUAUGAUUUGUUGGAAGUUCAGUUGCAUGUUUGUCUUUAAUCUGUGUAGCCAUAUGAAGAGGAAAAAAAGUGCUGCAUAGUGUUUAAUUUCGUGUGGAAAAAUGUUUUGCCUUGCAGUACACAAAGCAGAUGGCAAGCUCAUGACCCAGGUCUCUUGAGCAAUGCCAGUUGAUAAUGAAGUCUUCCCUCUGUCACAGCCCAGUUACUUGUACAUUAUAGAGAAUGAUGGUCAGUAACAGCACGUCUUCUUCCUCCUAGCCAUAUAAGAAUGAUGUCUCCGUAUGUGCAAGAGAGACCAAGGGUUAUGUGUCACAUCAGUUUAUUUAUAGAAGAACGAAAAAGGAUAAGGUUAGAUUGGCAGGCUGUCGUCAAAGAAUCUAAGGUUUUGUAGGUGUGUAUCUGAUCACUUAGUUCUAUAUUAAAACAAAAUGUACUAUGUUGUUAUAAACACGCAAGAUCCAGCACAUGGACACAAUAGAGAGCCACACAUAUAUAUGAAAAAUGUUUAAUAUAGAUCACACACACACACACACACACACACACACACACACACACACACACACACACACACACACACACACACACACACACACACACACAAAAUUGUUUCCAGGGUUAUGGUAAGGAGAAAACACAAGCUGCUGUACAGUUACAUUGUUUUUCUUAUAGAAUAAGGGAUAUACCAGUGUCCAGUGGCAGAGGCAGUAAAUCCUAAGAAAUAGAUGAUUUGCACAGUCCACUUAACUUACAUAGUAUAUGUUGUUUUUUGUACAGAGGUUAGUCAUAAAGCGCUGAAGAUAUUUUAGUAGAUUUUUAUAUAUGUCCACAUGACACAGGAGUAUACGUCCAUGCAAAUCCACAUACGCUCAAGCACAUGCACACACACUCACAUGCAGGGAAACAGAGACACGUGCACUUACAGAUAUAUUCACGCCUUCAUAAAGUUUAUGUGUUUGUCAGUAGUGCAGUCACAUUCUCCAGACCUACUUAAAAAAAAAAAAAAAAAUGUUUUAUGCUUGCAGCAAUAAUACUCUGCUUUACUUCAAAAGCCUACUUAUCUUUCUGCAGGCAGUGCUGGACAGAAGGGAUAUGCAGUAAUUAGGUUAUACUUACACGCACGCACACGCACACGCACACGCACACGCACACGCACACGCACACGCACACACACACGCACAUGCACAUGCACAUGCACAUGCACAUGCACAGACACAGACA